ACAACCAUCACUUCUCGCGUUUUUUUCAUCGCCGUUGUAUUAGUAUUUGCUGGAGUGUCGCACAGUCAACUCCACCUGAUUGACAUUGCUCCGGGAGACACGUUGUACAGCAAAACAAGAUGCGCAGGGCUUUCCAGAGGUGCUCAGCACUUCAGAAGUUAUCAUCAACUCUUCCAAGCAGCGCAGCGCAGCAAUGCUUCCGACGAAUUGACGCCACGCGCUUCGCCGUCUCGAGAUCAGCGCCAGCGAUACGCAGCUUGCACCAAUCCGCCAUCCGCCGCCAAGAAUACACCGACACCGACUCCGACUCCACCACGCCGCUCACCAAGUUCGCCGACCUAGGAUCGAGCGGCGUUCUUCACGACAAUGUCGUGCGCACACUCACCAGAGACAUGGGUCUGGAUACCAUGACUGAAGUUCAGGCUAAGACUAUCAACGAGGCCUUGAAGGGUCAGGACGUGAUCGCGCAGGCGAAGACGGGAACUGGCAAGACGUUGGCUUUCCUGCUUCCCAUCCUUCAGCGCAUCAUUGAAGUCGACCCACAGCUUGCCAAUGGCUCAGGCUACGGACGCCGCGGACCACGAACGACCGCUGACGACAUUCGCGCACUCGUCAUUUCGCCAACGAGAGAACUGGCCGAGCAGAUCGCAGCUGAGGCAAAGAAGCUGACCAGGAACACGGGAGUCAUCGUUCAGACAGCUGUCGGAGGAACACAGAAGAGCGCUGGUCUGCGCGCGAUUCAGCGCGAUGGCUGCCACGUCUUGAUCGCCACUCCAGGACGUCUGAAGGAUCUGUUGACCGACCCAUACUCUAGGGUCGAGGCGCCAGAUCUCUCAGCGCUCGUGUUCGACGAGGCCGAUAGACUGCUCGAUCAAGGUUUCUGGCCAGACAUCCAGGAGAUCAUGCGUCUUCUACCCACUCGUGCAGAAAAGGAUCGCCAAACACUCAUGUUCUCCGCCACCGUACCGCGGGAAGUUGUCAGCAUUGUGCGCCAGACGUUGAAGCCUGGUUUCAACUUCGUCAAGUGCGUAAGAGAUGACGAAGAGCCAACACAUGCACGAAUCCCACAAAGGUCUGUCCUGUUGCAAGGUCUCGAGAAUUGCGUGCCAUCGCUCGUUGAGCUUUGCCAGCGCGCCAUCGAUGAUUCCAAGACAACCGGCAAGCCAUUCAAGGCGAUUGUGUACUUCAACAGCACUGCUGAAGUUACCCUGGCCGCUUCUGCUCUUUUGUCUCUGCAAGGAGCACAGCAGCAAGACUCGUUCGGUGGUUACGGUGCUCACCCAUGGCAUCCCACUAAAAUCUUGGAGAUUCAUGCCAAGCUUAGUCAGAGUGGCAGAACGAGAGCGUCAGAUGAGUUCCGCAGGGCUACUUCCGCAAUUCUCCUCUCCUCCGAUGUCACAGCACGUGGCAUGGACUUCCCGAAUGUCACCCACGUCAUUCAAGUCGGUCUUCCGACAAGUCGUGAGCAGUACAUUCACCGCAUCGGACGUACUGGCCGUGCUGGCAAGGAGGGUGAGGGCUGGAUCUUCCUUAACCCCAUCGAGGCCGGCGAGGCCCGCGACCGUCUGCGAGACCUUCCACUCACGAAGGACGACACCCUCCUCAUACCGAAGAUGGACCUGACUCAAGCCUCUGACGUCCCUGCCAGCGCGGGCAGAGUUCUCGCUAUGUAUCAGAAGGCAAUCAAGAAUGUGCCGACAGGAGAGAAGGCAAAGGUCUACCUGGCUCAGCUGGGCGUCUAUAACUGGUUCUCGCGCAAGCAGCAAGUCGUAGACUUGAUGAACCGUUUGUCCCGAUACGGCUGGGGGCUUUCGGAACCACCACGAGUACCAUUCCAGCUUGCUCAGAAACUUCGUCUGACAUCAAUUCAAGGACUCAAUAUUGGAGAUACGGAAUAUAACCGACCACGUACAGGUGGCCAGUCGGAUCGGUCAUUCGGAGGUAGAUCCCAAGGGGACAGAGAGCAAGGAGGCAGAUAUGGAGGACGAGAUCGAUUCGGUGAAUAUGGAGCUGGCAGAAGAUCUGGCUACGAUCGCCAGCAGCGGGAGCCUCGCGAACAGCGUCGGUACAACGAUGCACACUCGUACUAAGCCCAGAGAGGAAGACGAGCUAGGAGUGCGUUCUCAACGAGCUUGUACCUUUGAUGCAUGGCAGCGGCGUUUGGCGAAAAUUGAAUGAGGCAUGCUGCUCCAUCAUGGCUAGAGCAAGCUCUCGGUUGCAGGAUACAGUGUAAAAGUAAAUGUGCCAUUGUAGAAUGAUACCAAUAGCAAAGAACUCUCCCAUCUGCUG